AUGUGCAACUACAAAGUUCGGGAUGCCACGGCUGUGGAUCCUUAUCUUCAGCGUCGAGAGAACAUGGAUCUCAUGUGGCCGGUGUUUGAUGAUAUAGCCGAGCAGACCUUUAAUCUUUGCUUUGUGGAAGUCACUGGUUGUUGUCAGCCGCUUGUUGAGCUCAUGGCUACUUGUCAAGAGAAAGUCAUGCUUAAGGACAACAAGGGAUUACUUCAUGCUUUGAUUGGCAUCAAAGAUUGCAUCGAUCAGUUGAGCCAUAUCUUUCACAAAACUAUUUCCGUCAACCCCAAUGCUGGAGAAAACUUUACAAACCCCGUGGUGUGGGGAGCGAGAUAUGCCAAGUGGGCAGCACCACUAUCGACUAGGGUGCCAAUGAUGAGCGGACUGGCUCUGCCGCUAUUUCAACUCAUGGACGCUUUCCUGGGCAGGGUUAAGUACGACAGCUUCAUAGGCUCUGAGUCAUUCCACGUCCGCUCUUGGCUGCCUAUGAAUGUGCGCGCAUUUAUCGCUGCUAUCGAAUAUCACUACCCCAUCCAUGCUUAUAUCAAGGCUUCUGGGGAUCACUGCCUGAAAGGAGUUCUUCAUGGUAUUGUGGAAUCCUACGCGGGAGAACGAGGAUUUAUGGGAACGCACAGAUACAAAGUCUAUGGAUUUCUUGAAAUAGCCGCCAAAACUGGCCGCGCAGGUACCAACGGCAACCCCGAGGCGGGCAAAACUGGAACACUAUGGCAAGAAACGCAUCAACUUCUCUCAAACUCUAUGAAAGAACGGCUAGAGCCUUACAACCAGGAUCUCACAGUCGAGCCUCAUGAGAUGCGUGGAUCAUUUGAAGAGUGCCGCUUCAGUUCACGCAUUCUUAAAAGGAGCCACAUUGACCGAGACCCAGUACGAAGUACAGGUAUGGUUACGUUCGACUUAGCCAAAACUGGCAUUACGUUCCAGCCUGGUGACCGACUGGCGGUUAUGCCGUUAAACUCGCAGUCUGAGAUUGAGAAGGUCGUUUCUGCGCUGAGCCUCCGAGACAUACUUAAGCAAGAUGUUCCAUUAGGUUCACACAAAGAAUGGAAACGCUUCGCGACACACUUAUCAAAGGUGGAAGGUGAAACGUUCUCCGGUACCUUAACAGUCUACGAUAUCCUUAGACGAGGCCAUUUAGCCCCUUUGACGAAACCUGUCGUAGCAGAGGUCCGCCGAAUGCUUCAAACCCCAUCAGAUAUCAUUGAAAAGGUCUCAGCAAGCGACAUGUGGCCCGUUAGAGGUUCUCUCGGAGAUCUGCUUCAACUUGCACUACCUCAAGCAGGCGCUGAAUCGACUAAUGGGGCAUUUCAGUUGUCAGAUAUUUCAUGGCUGCUGGAUCUUAUUCCUGUUGAAGUCCCUCGAACCUACAGUAUAUCCAGUUUCUCCAGGGAGUUGCUGCCAUCUACUAUCGACCUUACGGUAGCACGCUCCAGCUUCAAGAUUUCUUCGGUAAUUGACCAAAGCGAGUCUGUUCAGGGACGCGGUGUCAGUAGCGACUUUCUCAAUCCGGACCCCGUGAUCAACUCUUUGAACCAUGAUGCUGGCGAAGCAGAGCCUGUGUUGAUCGGCAUCUCUCAACCAUUGAAUUUUCAUCUCCCUGACUCACAUUCAACACCGGUUGUCAUGUUCGCUGGUGGCUCGGGAAUUGCACCGUUCCGUGGAUUCUGGCAGGCCAGGGCCCAAGGCGCUGGAAGGAAUAUCCUUUUUCUCGGAGUACAAUCCCGCGAAAAGUUUUUGUACGAAGAAGAGAUCCGCAAUUAUGCCCGGCACGGAAAGCUGGAAGUCCAUGUCGCAUUCUCGAGAGACACCAAUGGUCUUCAGUAUAACCCCUCUACCAAGGAAAUGGACGAGAAGCACACCGAACCGAGACGUAUUGACGCAGCGAUUGUCGAAUAUGGAAGAACUGUCUAUGAAAUGAUCAUGCCGAAGAAGCAGGGAGGUUUGGGUGGUCAUCUUUACGUCUGUGGAUCUGUUUCUCUCUAUGAGACGGUCAUGAGUGGUCUCAAACGAGCGAUGUAUAACAACCAGAAUGUGACGAAGGCCCAGGCAGAAGAGCUGGUCGCAACCGCUUUUGCUGAACGGAGAUUCAUGCUUGAUAUUUUCAUGACUCCUCAACAGAUUUCAGAAAAGCAAGAGGUAAUCUCUAUCGCCCAGCUAGCCAGAAACACUGGGCAUAAACCGGAUGCUCGGAUGUGGAUAGGUGUCCAUGGAGCCGUUUACGACAUUACUGAUUUUCUUCCGCUCCACCCCGGCGGAUCUUUGAUUGUCGCUGCGAGUGGAGGAAUUGAUGCAUCGCGAACGUUUGAUGACCUCGCUCACACCAACAAUCCCGAAGUAGCAAGUCUCUUGACGAAGUACUUCAUCGGAAACCUUGCACCUGCGCCUAAGUUCGUCGAUGCUGAUAUUUCUGGACUAUACGAUUCCUGGUCUCAAUAUUUGCGCACAAGCGUUGAGUUGCUCACCACACUUGGGCUGGAAGUCCAGGACCUACUCGAAAGCUCUUCCUUGUGGGUAUCCGGCGGAAUGCUAGAUUCCGGUGGCAUUCGGAAGUUUUAUCAAUUCCAGUCCCGCCUUCUGAAGAGCGGCAUAUCCAUUUUGUUCGGGACCCAGUUGCAAGCGAUAUAUCUUCAGAUCUCCUACGUGAUUGCGAGCAAAGGGGCCAAAGGCACGCGGAUGCCCGACGUUCUUGGUACAGUAGAACGCGCACAGGCAUCUGCAUCGUGCGACAGAGUAGCCAAAGAAGUUGCCCAGAUCGGAAAGUGGAUCUGCAGCAACCAUGAAGUUCAAUAUCACAUCAAGAGUCUGCUCCGCUAUGCACAAGCUGUCACAAAAAUAGACCUCGAAUUCCUCGAGAGCUUACGCGACUACUGCGCUACAGGCCUCGAAGCAUUUGAUUCCAUUAAAGAAAAAGACAACGGUGACGACAAACAGGACCACGCACAACUGGCAAGCUUCCUAGUGUCUGUUCUUCACCGAUUGGCCGCCAGACUGGACACAUUCUACCAGACAACCGCAAUGGAGCAGCUGUUACGACCGGAGCACGAGCUCAACCCCGCACGCACUCGCUGGAAUAUUCUUCGGUCCAAGAUUCAUGAUGGAUCUUUCUUCAUACUCUGUGAACCAUUGGAAAUGGGGGCCGAAUCGCACCAUUACCGAUCUUGGAGUCAAAUCUUAAACAACGUGAAGUUCAAAGAAGUCAUUUCUCGAGCAAAGGAGACCAUCGCCACGGAAGCGAAUGCAAAGAAAAUGGAGGAACAUAUUCAGCACAUAAGUCGUCCUCGAGGACUUGCAGCCGCUUACAUAGCACGAGCCUCCAACUCAGAAGGUUCCUCAUUCGAGGCUCAAAUCCACGAGGACACUAUGCAACGCUUGUCUCUGCUUAUGAAGAAUCACCCGCAACUUACGGUUCCUUAG